AACAGUGCCCCCGUGCGGCGACACGCAGCAGAACAGGGCAGCGCUGGUCACGUCGUUCAAAUCUCAGUAGCCUGUAGGCAGCCCGCUCCGUCCAGGAUGGGGGUGAAAGAUCGGCCUCAGUGCUACUUCGAUGUGGAAGUCAACAGAGAGCCAGUUGGACGCAUUGUCUUUCAACUGUUCUCAGAUAUUUGUCCCAAGACGAGCAAAAAUUUCCUCUGUCUUUGUACUGGUGAAAAGGGCACUGGUAAAACCACAGGGAAAAAACUGUGCUAUAAAGGUUCUGUAUUCCAUCGAGUAGUUAAGAACUUCAUGAUUCAAGGGGGAGAUUUCACCGAAGGCAAUGGAAGAGGAGGAGAGUCCAUAUACGGUGGCUACUUUGAAGAUGAGAACUUUAUUCUCAAACACGACAGAGCCUUCCUCUUGUCGAUGGCCAACCGAGGCAAGGACACUAACGGCUCGCAGUUCUUCAUAACUACAAAGACAGCACCACAUCUGGAUGGCGUUCAUGUGGUCUUUGGGUUGGUCAUCUCUGGGUUCGAAGUGAUAAAGAAAAUCGAGGGGCUGAAGACCGACACUGCCAGCAGACCCUACGCUGACGUCAGAGUGAUCGACUGCGGACAGCUGAUUACGAAAUCUGCUAACGAUGUACUUGAAGGUAGGAAGCGGAAAGCUUUCUAUUCCGAAGAUGAUUCUCAGAGUUCUUCAGAUUCACGGUACUCCUCCUUCGAGUCUGCAGAAGAAUCGGCCAAACAGUAUUCCCGGCGAAAUAAGAAGACUUCUGCCAAGAGCAAGCACGCAAAAAGGAGAAGGAAAGAAGUCGGGAGGAAAGAGAGGCGGCACGAGAAAUCGGUUGUUCAAGGGAGCCCUUCUGAGCGAGAGAUGGUAGAGGAAGAGGACGGACAGAAAGAACAUAAUGUAAAGAGGGAGAAGCCUAUGGUGCGCCCAGAGGAGAUCCCUCCUGUGCCAGAGAACCGCUUCCUGCUCCGGAGAGACAUGCCAGCACAGGAAGAGUCGACAAAUAUCAUUGUACAGGACACCGCAAAAGUGUCAAAUGACACCAAGCCAGCCGUCACAAAAUCUGGCCGGAAACUGAAAGGCCGUGGCACAAUGAGAUACCAUACUCCUACUCGGUCGAUAUCUCGGUCUGAAUCUGAGGAGGAAAGAGGGAGCAGUGAGACUCCUCCACACUGGAAAGAGGAGAUGCAGAGGACAAAGACUUACCAGGCUCCCAGUGUACAGAAAUGGAGCAAAGGAGAAAGAUGGGAUGACAGAAGUGGCACCCCCUGGUCAAGGUCAAGGUCCCGGUCCCGAGAAUACUCUUCAGAUCAAGCCUCUGAUAACUCUAGUCAGCAUCACCAUUACAAGAAAGAAAAGAAAAAAGCCAAACGUAAGAAGAAAGCAAAGAAACGGAAACAUUCAAAGAAGCACAAGAAAAGCAAAUUCAGAGAGGCCUCUCUUUCAGAGGGAGAGAUGUCUGUGUCAUCAGACAGAAGGUCAAAAGUCUCCGACUAUCCACCAAGGAGAUCUUAUUCACGCUCUCGCUCCCGUUCUGUGUCCCGCCAGUCUCGCCGGUCAUAUAGAUCAAGGUCAAACAGGAAACAAUCCUCGUCCCGCUCGUCUAGAGGGUCCAGAUCUUACUCUAGGUCAAGAGACAGAUCCUAUUCCAGAAGUCACUCUAGAACAGGAAGUAGGUCCAGAACCUACUCAAGGUCAAGGUCGGGAAGUCAGUCAGGACGGUCUAUUACACAAUCUAGGUCUGAUUCUCGCUCCAGAUCGAGAUACAGGACAAGAUCCAGAUCUAGGUCCAGGUACAGGUCACAGUCGCCAUAUUACAAAAAACGGAAUGCCUCAAAGCUUCCUGAUGGCAGUACACAGAAGGUUAAGAAUCCUGUAUCCACACCUACUCAAGCUGCAGAACCCAAAGUUCCUCCAUCUGCAUCUACUGAGAGUGUCCCAGUGCUGCCUUUGAGUGACAGUCCACCACCUUCUCGCUGGAAACCAGGACAAAAGCCUUGGAAACCAUCUUAUGUUCGCAUCCAAGAGAUAAAGGCAAAAAAAGACUUGCCCUCUCAGGCUCUCAUGAGCCAAACUCCAGAUAUGCCACUUGAGAGGCUCUCGAAUGUUCAGAGUCAAAAUGAGAAAUCCACGUCUCAUAAGGGUCUCAGUAGCAGCAGCCAGUACAGUGGAAAAACCAAGCAACCUGAAGGUCUCCUCCGAAGAGGUUCAUCCAGGAGUCGAUCCUCCAGCCAUUCAAGAAGCAGAAGUCGCUCUAGUUAUCGGUCCAUGUCACCUGGUCAGCACAGCAGGUCUUCUUCAUCUUCCUCUUCUAGCAGGUCAGACUCCUAUUAUUCGUAUAGAAGACCGUCCUCAGAAAGAAGAGAGAAGCGCCAUAGUUCUCACAGGAGGGACCAUAAGAAGACCAAGAAUGUCAUAUAUAGCCCUGUCAUAGAAGAUUCAUCUCCUUCCCAUUCAGAUGGAACUAGCAGCACACAUGGUCCUAUUCAGAGACACAGUAUUUCAGGUGCGCCAGAAGAUGCACUUGAUCCUUUGCGAGAUUUUCCAAUAAAGGCAGAAAAGAAGCUCAAACCAAACAAUGCCUCAGUAGUGGCUCCCGCCAACUGUAAAUCUGGAUCUGGAUGGGAAAGUGACAACGAACAUUUGAGCAAACUGACUUCCUCUGGUGAGAAGAAACCACCUCAAAUUUCUGUUAAAGAGGAGAGUGGACUUUCUGAAAAGAAAAAGAUGAAGAUUUGGGCUCAUUGUUGGGACUCUGAAAGCGAGCCUGAAAUGCCAGAGGCAAACAAUGUGGAUGGUCAAAAUAAACCUUCAUCAGAAAAGGAAGAGGGGGAAGCCAGUUCGGAAUCUGAAAGUGAAGAACCUUCUGGAGUCUCCAACAAACCACACCAACUCUCCAAGUUUGCAGGAGAAUUUAAAAACACUGAGGAUCAUUCUGACGAUUGCACAAAACCCGAAAAGCACAAAAGCAAGAAGUCUAAGCGUAAACACAAGCACAAGAGGAGAAAUUCCGACAGGUCUGGCUCACAAAGAGUGAAGACAAAAACAAAAAGGUCUAAGAAGAAACACCAGAAACCAAAGGAGACAUUUCACUGGCAGCCUCCACUCGAGUUUGGUGAAGAAGGCGAGGAGGAUGAUUCAUUGGCUCAGGGGAAAAAUGUUGACCCUGCUAACAAUGAAGGACUUACAGAACUGGUAAAGAGCACACAGCUGAAAUCUCAAUAUGUUGGAAGCAAGGACUAUUCCAAGAUGAUUCAUAAUUCAUCAAAAGAAAGCGGCUCAGCUGCCCAGAUCUCUAAAAGUGGUAAUGAGUCCUCAAAGCUGACAAAAAGGCAGCAACUAAAGCUAAAUAUUGAGGCAGCAAAAAGUCCAGCACAAAGCAAACAUCCACAGAUUGCUUCAAGUCAGUCAAAUGUUACUGCUCAAGACCAAACAAAAGAUCAAGACGACAUGGAAAUAUGUACUCCCGAGCACAACACAGAACCACCUGACCCUUCUCCGGUUGACCUGCCAGCAAUAAAAGAUGCUGUUAAGAACGGAACUCAACUUUUGCUACCUCAGACCGAUCAAAAGACCUCAGGUUCAAAUCCUUCUGUUUUAACUCCUGCCAACCAAGCUGGAGAAACCACACCCGGCGGUGUUGGGCUACUAGUCGAUCCUAAAUGGAAACCUUUAAAAGGUAUGACUGUAGUACCAGCGGUCAGUGCAGCAUCUCUAGCCAUGAAAAUGAACAGGACGCAAGACCAAGGGGAGGGCAAGACUCAGGGCCUCAAGAUUGAGAUCAAAAGCAAAAACAGGGUCCGACCGGGGUCCCUGUUCGACGAGGUGCGAAAGACAGCACGGCUAAACCAGCGUCCCAGAAAUCAGGACAGUUCCAGUGAAGAGGGUUCACCUGCUGCCACAGGAGAGCAGGCUGGAUCCCAGAAACACUCACGAAGCAAGUCCCGCUCAGUGUCCAGUUCCAGACCCCGACGUAGAGACAGGUCACGGUCAUACACCCACUCUGGGAGCAGGUCCAGGAGCUCCAGCUAUUCUUCCAGGAGCUACAGUAGAAGUAGAAGCAGAAGGAGAUACAGUAGAGAACGUUCCAGAUCUCGUAGUAGUAGCUAUCAUAGCUAUCGCAGUCAUACAUACAGUCGAAGUCGUUCCAGAAGUUGGUCCACAGAACGCCGUAGGUCAAGAUCCUACACUUAUGACAGCUACUCGAGCCGUAGCCGCAGUCGUAGCAGAAGGCGGCGAUACAGACGGAGUGAAAGUUCUGAUCGCAGAUCCAGAUCAUACCGUUCCUACAGUCGCAGUUCAUCAAGGCAUGGAAGUCAUAGCAGUCGAUACAGCUGAGACCACUUCUGAGAGAUUUCCUGUUACUUUUUUUUAUUAUUAUUAUUAAUUAUUGAAGCUAGACCACUGAUCUUCCUUUUUGUUUUCCAUAAAGAUUGUUUGUCUGAUGUCAGGUAAUACGAGCCACUUUGACCUGUACAUACAUUUCUGUGGUGUUCUGUUCAUUUAUAUACCGUUUAACUGUUGUGUGUUUGUGUUUUUCGUUUUUGUUUUUUUAAUAAAAAAUUUUAUUUUUCAAUAAUAGGACAUAUAUGAAUGUACGAGAAAUGUUUUAUGCCGCCCUGUUUUUUUGGUUUUGUAUGUAAUUUGUAUUAAAUGCUAACAAAAGCAUCACGCCAGUUCAGAAUGGAUGUAACACAUUCACACCUUCUCCACUGACAAGACCUCAGACACAGUAAAAGAGUUUUAGCACAAUGUGAAGGUGUUUUGAAUCCAGUGG